AAUGUUGACAUUAGCUGGGUGAAUGGGCGGGUUUUCCCUUCACCCUUUGGUCCUCUGUACUUUCUCCACGUGGUGAGAGUCUAUGAAUUCCGCGCAAGCCGUUGCGUUUAGUUAUGAAUUUGCAAUGGUCAGAUUGCUGCCCGACCCCUUCACCCGCGGGGGCCGGAGACGGGCUCCUCCUGUCCCGGGGCGACGCGAGAGAGGGUCAGGUCCCACCACCGGACUUGCAAGCGAAAGCAGUUUGCGGGACGAGGCGGGUCGGAGAAUGAUCUAACUUCUCUGGAGGCAUGAAUGUACACCACUUCCCCUCGGCUGAUUGACGGCGCUGACGGGAGGGUAUAUAAAGAGCGGAGCCGAGUGAAUCCCGGCUACUUUCAGCUGCUGGGCACAGACCCAGUGUGUCAGACAAGCCGGUGAGCCCCUACAAAACACACACGCGCACACACUCCCCGGCUACAGACUUACAAGAUCACUUUGCCACAUCGAGUACAGACACCAAACACCGGGGCUGAUGGUGCGGAACGAAGAUCUACGAUGGCUCCUGCCUCUGAUGCUGGUGUUAGGGACCAGGAGUCAGUCUGUCGAUGUUCCUCCCGAAGAGGAGGUCACCUUCGAUCUGUUUGCGAUCAGCAAUGUGAAUCGGCAAACUGCUGGAGUGAAGUUGUUUCGAGGUCCGGACCGCAACACUCCUGCCUUCAGGUUCAGCAGAUUCGACCAGAUCCCAGCAGCUUCCAGCGAGAAGCUCCAGGAGAUCGUGAGGCUGAUGCAGUAUCAGGAGGGCUUCAUCUUGGUGGCCAGUCUGAGGCAGGACAGGAAGAGCCAAGGGACGCUGCUGGCUAUCGAGGGCCCAGGUUACAAACGCCAGCUGGAGAUCAUCUCCAAUGGACUGGCAAACACCCUGGAUUUCCAGUACUCCGCGGAGAGGUCCCAGAACCUGGUCUCCUUCCAGGAUGUGGACAUUGCUGAUUCCCAGUGGAAGAAUAUCACCAUCCACGUGAAUGGAGAGAAUGCAUACCUGUAUGUGGGCUGUGAGCUUGCUGAUAGCUUCAUCCUCGAUGACCCUUUUUAUGAACAGCUGACCUCAGCCAACAGCAAGCUGUACGUGGCCAAAGGACUCACACCAGGCAAGAACUUCAAGGGUUUCCUGCAGAACGUCCAGUUUAUUUUUGGCAGUCCCAUGGUGGAUAUUCUCCAGAGUAAAGGCUGCCUCCAGCCAGCUGAAGCCACAAGCAGCCAUGAGAGCCAAGAGUAUUCAGGUGUCGUCCCUGCUAUCAAGAACGAUUUAAUUGGCCACAAAACCAACAAAGUCGUGGAUUUCUGUGACCAUUCCUGCUCUGACAUUGGGAACAUGUUUAAGGAACUUCAUGGACUAAGGGUUCUUGUCAGCAAUCUGGCUGAUGGACUGGUUAAAGUGACAGAAGAAAACGUAAUAAUUCGUGACAUCCUGGAGGAUUCGUUGAAGAAGGUGCGUCCGGGCCAAUGCUGGCACAGCGGGCGGCUCUUCGACAACAAGGAGGAGUGGACUGUGGACAGCUGCACCAAGUGUACCUGCCAGGAUUUCAGCAUCAUCUGCCGCCGGAUCACCUGCCCCCCCGUGUCAUGUGCGAACCCCUCCUUCACCGAGGGCGAGUGCUGCCCCUCCUGUCUUCUUAAAGACAGUGAAGAUGGUUGGUCGCCGUGGUCGGAAUGGACCGAAUGCUCCGUCUCAUGCGGCAUCGGAACGCAACAGCGGGGAAGAUCAUGUGAUCCCACCAGCAGCCGGUGUGAGGGCCCCUCGAUCCAAACAAAGUCCUGCCAGCCAGCGGAAUGCGACAAGCGGAUUCGUCAGGAUGGUGGAUGGAGCCAUUGGUCACCAUGGUCACCCUGCUCGGUUAACUGUGGAGAUGGCAUAACCACCCGCAUCCGUCUCUGCAACUCACCUGUGCCACAGCUGGAUGGCGAAGACUGCCAGGGGAACGGUCGGGAGACAAAGCAAUGCACGAAGGCCCCAUGUGCCAUUGACGGCAGCUGGAGCCCCUGGUCGCCCUGGUCACCCUGUACGGCCACGUGUGGCGGCGGACUGCACGAACGCAAGAGGAACUGCAACAACCCCGUGCCCAAGUACGGUGGCAAGAAGUGCCUGGGUGACACCAGGGACAGUAAACUGUGCAACAAAGAGCCCUGUCCUAUAGAUGGAUGUCUGUCCAGCCCCUGCUUCGCUGGGGUGGAGUGCAGCAGCUCUUCUGAUGGGUCCUGGGAGUGUGGCCCAUGUCCUGCUGGCUAUCGGGGCAACGGCACCUUCUGCAAGGACAUCAACGAGUGUGCGGAGGUCCCUGAUGUCUGCUACCAGGUGAAUGGUGUUCAGAGAUGUGAGAACACUGAGCCAGGAUUCCACUGCCUUCCUUGCCCUCCACGCUACAGGGGCAACCAACCCUUUGGUCUUGGAGUCCAAGCCGCCAAGACAGACAAGCAAGUGUGUGAGCCCCACAACCCAUGCAAAGACGGCUCCCACAACUGCCAUAGGUAUGCCAGGUGCAUCUACCUGGGCGUCUUCAGCGAGCCCAUGUACAAGUGUGACUGCCGGAUCGGAUAUGCCGGUGACGGUGUCAUCUGUGGAGAGGAUUCCGACCUGGAUGGCUGGCCUAACGAGCAGCUGGCCUGCACAGCCAACGCCACCUACCACUGCAAGAAGGAUAACUGCCCACAUCUGCCCAAUUCCGGACAAGAGGACUUUGACCGGGAUGGAGUGGGAGACGCCUGCGACAAGGACGAUGACAACGAUGGGAGGAAUGACGACCAAGACAACUGCCCUCUGCUCUACAAUCCCCAGCAGUUUGACUAUGACAAGGACGGCGUGGGCGACCGAUGCGACAACUGCCCAUAUGACCACAAUCCUGCGCAGAUUGACACGGACGGGAACGGUGAAGGCGACGACUGCUCAGUUGACAUUGAUGGGGAUGACAUCCUGAAUGAGGCUGACAACUGUCCUUAUGUGUAUAACACUGACCAGAGGGACACUGACCAAGAUGGAGUUGGAGACAUGUGUGAUAACUGUCCACUUAUGCAUAACCCUGACCAGGAAGACAAUGACUCAGACCUGGUGGGUGAUCAGUGUGAUGACAAUCAGGACAUUGAUGAGGAUGGCCACCAGAACAACCUGGACAACUGCCCUUACAUUGCCAACUCCAACCAGGCUGACCACGACAAGGAUGGGAGGGGAGAUGCUUGCGACCCCGAUGAUGACAAUGAUGGCGUUCCUGAUGAGAAGGACAAUUGCCGUCUUGUCCCCAACCCUGACCAGAUCGAUGCCGAUGGUGACGGCAGAGGAGACAUCUGCAAGGACGACUUUGACAAUGACAGCAUCCCAGACAUCUAUGACGUGUGUCCCGAGAACAGUGCCAUCAGCGAGACCGACCUGAGGAAGUUCCAAAUGGUCCACCUGGAUCCACAGGGGACGACGCAAAUCGAUCCUAACUGGGUAGUGCGCAACCAGGGCAGGGAGUUGCUGCAGACCGCCAACUCUGACCCUGGCCUUGCUGUCGGUUUCGAUGAGUUCAACGCCAUCGACUUCAGUGGCACCUUCUACGUCAACACAGACCGCGAUGACGACUAUGCCGGCUUUGUUUUUGGCUUCCAGUCCAGCAGCCGCUUCUACGUGGUGAUGUGGAAGCAGGUCACCCAAACCUACUGGGAGGAGAAGCCGUCCAAAGCCCAUGGAUAUGCCGGCGUCUCGCUCAAGGUGGUGAACUCAACCACGGGCCGGGGGGAGCACCUGCGUAACGCUCUCUGGCACACUGGCAACACCCCCGGACAGGUGCGAACUUUAUGGCACGACCCCAAGAAUAUCGGCUGGAAAGAUUACACCGCCUACAGGUGGCACCUGAUCCAUCGACCCAAAACAGGCUUCAUCAGGGUGGUGGUCCAUGAAGGGAAACAACUCAUGUCCGACUCUGGUCCCAUCUAUGAUAAGACAUUGGCUGGUGGACGACUAGGUCUUUUUGUCUUCUCCCAAGAGGCCCUUUACUUCUCUGAUCUCAAAUAUGAGUGUAGAGAUAACUGAGAAGUGCCUGCAACACACAUCAUGGAUCCUCGAACAUGCUGCACAGCCUCGUCACCCGAAUAAGACUGCCGUCUCGACUCCCGCCCACUCUUUCACUGCUCUCUCUCUCCCUGAUGGCCCCUCACCUCCACUCCACCACCCCUUCAGUUGACUGUGGUGACACCACCUCGCUCCGUGCACAUUGCCUCUAUGGAUGGCCCCACCAAAUGCAGCAACUGAGACCACACCGGCUGGAAGCUGACUGGAUCUCAAUGAAUCUCACACCAUCACUAUACCUAGAUAGCGGGAUUAGUGAACAUUUAACAAACUUAUACUGCUAAGAUAUGAGUCUGCCCCAUUUGUUUUCUGAUGUCAUUGAAAUCAAUUAGCAGACUGUUUCUAUUUUAAAGAAAAGAAUCUGAUUGAACGAUGUUUAAAAUGACAUUUUCUUUGGGAAACAAGAAUGAAUUACAAAAAAAAAGUUUUAAAACCACUUUGUUUAUAACUUUUUCUAUCACAUUUCACUGUCUGUACAUAGAAGCUUCCAGGUAUUUUGGCAUUACAACUAUUGCAAGUGAUGGUAUUCAGCAGGUGCUCUCUCUUUACCAUUUAAUCCUUCACUGGCAUGUUAGUUGCUUCUUCAUGUGGCCAGCACUAACUGAGUAAAAGGUAUGACUGGUAUUAAGGGGAUAGGGGCAAAGCAAGCAACAACUAAUAAUGUAUCUGCUUAUUCUGAAUAUAUGCACACAGAGAGAUAUAUUCUACAUAUUGCAUAUCAUUUUUGAAAAUUACUGUUCUGGAUAUUGCACACAUUGCGGGCUCUGUCAGUAUUUACCAAUGUCUGUUGAGUAACUGUCAGACAAGAAUCAACUGAUUAAUUCCUGUCAUCUGCCCCUCUCCCUCUCUCCUGAUACAUUCCUUUCCCCCACCACCUAAUUCUGGAUGAAGAUAGUCCCAACAGUUCAACAGGUCAACUUAGAGCGAAUGUUGUUCGAGGAUAAAAUAAAUGGCAUUUGCAGUUGGGGAGGGGAAAAGAUGUGAAUAUUUAGAUUGUAACAUAUUUUCCUAUUUAAUUUAUUUAUGGUUUUACCUCUUUCUCUCUCUCUGCCUCUCUUUCUGUCUCUCUCUCUCUCCCUCUCUCUCUCCCUCUCUCUCUGUGUCUCUCUCUCUCUCUCUAUCUCUCUCUCUCUCUCUCUCUCUCUCUCUCUCUCUCUCUCUCUCUCUCUCUCUCUCUCUCUCUCUCUCUCUCUCUCUCUCUCUCUCUCUCUCUCUCUCUCUCUCUCUUUAAAAAAUGUUUGUGGGAAGCAGUGAAUUUUGCCAAAGACUGUAAAUAAUUUAUUUAUUUGUUUACACUGAAGUAAUAUCGAAAUUUGAAUGCGAAACUUGGCCGAACAAACCCUAGUCUUUAUUUUUUUGUUUAAUGUUAGGCAAAUAAACUAUCAAAAAGGCUCAAACAGUGUUCUGUGAGUUCAACCAAUCUGUGUUCAUCUUCCUUAGGUAAAUACAUUUGCCGAAUUUUGUUUGCUGUAGGCUGUAAAUAGCAGUGGUGUAGUGUAAAGCAAACUUCUAUUUGUUGGUUAGGUGACCCUUUUAUGGAGGUUGCGCAAGCCACAUCUAGCAGUUUAUUGACAUCCCCAUUAAUCUGCUCAAGAGGUUGACACUAGAGUUUUGGCAUCUCCGAUUCAAUAUCAGAACAAAUCUUAUCCAGUCUUAGAAGCAGCUCCCUAUCCCCUUUGCUAAACAAAUUAGCCUGUAAAUAAAAGCAGAACAAUGGUAGAACUCUGCAGGUUAAUCACAAUCUGAGGACGCAAAAAACGCAAGUCAACAUUUCGGGUUAGGAGCCUGCAUUAAGACUCCUGAGGCAUAAUCUUGACCUGAAACAUCUUUUGCGUCUGCAGAUUCCAAUUGACCUGCCUGGAUCUUCCAGUGUUCUGUCUUUAUAUGGAGACACAUAUGUCUACAAAUGCUGGAAUCUUGAGUGAAAAACAAACUGCUGGAGAAACUCAACAGGUCAUGUAGUAUUUGUGGAGGAAAUUGGGCAGAUGACAUUUUGCGUCUGGACCUUCUUCAGUUUGAGUUCCUCUGGCAGUUUGUUUCUUGCUUCUGUUUUUAUAUCCCGGAUUCCAGCAUCUGCAGUCUCUUUUGGCUUCAGCCAGUAACUAGAAGGAACUUAAUUAGAUCAGAUAACUUUCCCUGGCAGCCUGCAAUCUGGAGGUUGUGGUUUGGAGAACGUUCCCCUCGACAACCCACUAUCCCACCAAAUCCCUGCCACUGACCGCCAACUCUCAUGUUUUCCAUUGCCUCUCUCUCUUGGCAUUCUGCUUAUAUCAGUGCAUGUAUUCACUUUGUAUUGUUCCAGGAUAAUUUGGUUCCUUGCAUCAGGUUAUUAAAACUUGUCAAGUUUUUGGUUUCUCUUUGAUAUAUAUCGCGCUCAUAAAGUUAUUAACUGUAUAUAGCCAAAGGGUGCAGAUUGUAACGAAGCAUAUAAUAAAGUAUUCUUGUAUUGGA